CCGAGUCGGAGAGUGCGGGAAGCAUGGUGCAGCGCGUUUCCAUCGGCUCCGACCUCAAGCUGGUGACGACAGAGGACCGGCCCGCGAGCCCCGAGGUGGCCGCGCUCGCGGUGCUCCUCCGGCGCAGGAGCGGCGGCUCCCUGCUGCGGGGGUGGCGGAGGUACUUCGACCCCGCCGGCGCCGCGCAGGUGCGCCGCCAGGAGUUCCUGCAGGGCUGCAAGGAGGUGGGGGCGCCACACCUGGCGAAGCCGAUCUGGCAGCAGCUGAGCUUGGAGGGAAGGAGGCUGGCGUUCUCUUCGCUCUUCCCGACGGAGCAGGCGCGCCUGGAUAGCUUUGCGGCGCUCCUCCUCCCAGCCGCGGGGGUCGAUCUCGGCUGUGUCUGGGAGCGCCUCGACACCCAGCGCAAGAACAGGCUCCAGCUCCAAGAGUUCGAGGCGGGCAUGAGCACGCUCGGGCUGAAGGGAAGCGUGAAGCCCUUGUUCGAGGGUAUCGCGCAGAGCCCUCCCCACAUCUUUGUCUUCAGGGAGGACUUCCUGUACCUCAGGCUCUUCCUCUGUCGCUGGCUGCAGGGCCUGCCGGGGGGCGUCGACGGCACGCUGGCCGACCUGCUCGGCCACGUGCGGCAGAACAUGGUCGGCCCCGAGGACCUCCUGGCGCGCCUCGGCCUCGGCGAGGACGAGGCCGUCGCCGUGGACGAGUUCGCGGCCCGUCUCAGCCCGAAGAAGAGAAGGUGCUUGGCCAACAGGGGCACUGGCACCGAGGUGCGCGCCCGCGAGCUGGCGUCGCUGCUCAACGCCGGGGACCGCAGGUCCCCGGCGCGCCCCGGCCGCUCGCCCCGCUCGCCGAGCGGCGACGGCCCGAGGAGCGGCAGCCCGCCCCCGAGGGCCCCCGCGCGCGCGGCCUGGCCGCCGGAGGCGCCGCCGAGCGGCGAGGGCGCCCGCGGGGACGUCGGGCGCUGGGACGGCGGCGUCCGGGACCUCGCGGUGCUGAACAGAGGGGUGCACCGGUCGCAGCGCACCUACUUCGACCCGCACGCCUCCGCGCCCUCGCUGCUCGGCUGCCUGGAGCAGGACGCGCCCCCCGUGGCGCAGGGCGCCGCCGACGACGAGGUGCCCCUGGUCGCGUUCCCACUCGCAGGGCGAAGCGCCGCGACGUGCUCCCAGACCUCGCUAGGGUCGGCGGCCCUGCAGCGCUCGCGCACCUCGCUCGGGCCGAGGUGCUCGGCCGCGCAGCCGGAGGCGCCGGCCGUGCAGCGGCCGGCAGCUCCCCCCUCCUGCCCUGCCCCCUCGCAGACCUCGCACACCUCUCCGGGGCCGGCGGCCCUGCCGGGGUCGCCGCCGCCGGCGCGGGGCGGGCCGCCCCGGUUCCGGAUGCUCCACUUCGAGGCCACCAAGCUGAGGGGCGGGCUCAGCGGGUACAGGGCCAGGAUCGAGGCCCUGGUGUUCUACUUCCGCGGGGAGCCCCAGGAGGCGACGGUGGUCAGCAAGGUGCCCUACAUCGUGUCCUUCAGCAGACCCACGCAGGUCGACGAGUUCAGGUUCAGAACGGAGAACGACGACCCGCGCCUCGACAUACUCCAAUGGCACCUGUCCGGCUCUCCCGACGGCAGCAUGUGGCGAGACAUCCACAGCCAGGUAGAGGACCGCCCCGGAGCCGCCAGCGGCCGCAUCGUGCGGCAGCACCUCCUCGGCGGCGAGGACCACGACAUGCUCAGGGUGUACGUCGUCGGGGCUUCGGGCCUGAAGAAUUGCGCGACCUCCAAGCAGCGCGGCACGUCGGACCCGUACUGCACGGUGUGGGUCGACACGAAGCCUGGCACGAAGGCCCACACGGAGGUGGUCGCGAGCUCCCUGUCGCCGGAGUGGCGGGCGCGGCUGGAGGUCCCGUGUUUCCAGGCGGGCGACGACCUGCGCAUCAUGGUGAGGCACUCGAGGUUCGGGGCGUCCGCCAAGACGUCGAAGGAAGACGUCCUCCUGGGCCAGGCCCGCCUCCCCUCCGACAGCUUCCUGCCCCACGGCUUCGACGGGUGCGUGGACCUGGAGCAAGGGGCGGGCCGCGUCCGCCUGCACGUGCGGGCCCUCCGGGAGGCGUGCAUCUCGCCGGUGCACAGGCACGCCACGGCGAGCGAUCCCCUGGAGCUCUGGCUGUGCGACACCAUGGUCACUUGCUGAGUGAACGGCUUUGCUCGUGGUUCCGGGCUGUGUCUCCUGCCCUUCCAGA